AUGCCAACACCACAACUCAAAGGUCCGGGCCUGCUCCUCGUCAACUCCAAGAUUACCCGUCCCGACAUCCUAGACGAAGAGAUGUUCAUAAACUGGUAUAGCGCGGACCAUAUUCCAGAAAUUCUCAACACGUCGGGCGUCGAUUCAGCACUUCGUUUUAAGAAUGCAGACGCAAAAGCUGAAAGACCAUACAUGGUCGUGUACCCUAUGGGCAACAUUGGCUUUACUCAGUCAGAAGAGUACAAGACGAAGAUUAAUAUUUACAGUGAUUUACUGCCAAGGGGAGGUCCGAUUUACGAUUUAGUAGAUAUGGAUGUGAGGGUCUAUUCAUUUGUUGACAAAUAUGAGCCGAAUGGUCCUGUAGAACCAGGUCAAACCAAGUUGGUCGUCCAUGGCGGAUUUGACCUCGGGGAUAAAAUCACCGAGCAGGAUUUUCAUGACUGGUACAAUAAAGAACAUUUUGAAAACCUGGCUAAAGUUCCUGGAUACCUACGCUCAACUCGGUACCAGCUGCUGGGACAUCGAUCAAACGGCCAGAUGAGGGCAGCCGGGGGCCUUCCCCCUCGGGAAGAAGACGUUGACACUCCGACGCCGGCGAAGUUUCUGGCUUUGCAUGAGUUUACUGUUGAUGAGGCAGAUAUGAAGGCGUUUAUUUCAACGAUUGACACGGAUUGGUCGAGGAGGAUUUUAGGAGGUGCGGCUAGGGUUGAAAAUCCCGCUUACUAUCGUUUCAUGCAGGGUUGUGGUGACGGUAGGCUCUUCCAAUAG